CGGAGAUCCAGGGCAGAGUACCGGUGAGUGUGGGAACCCGAACAGAGGAAAGCAGUCUGUUAGACCAGCAUAGGACCGGCGGUACCUUUAGUCUUUAGGUUCUUUAGUCGGCAUUCAACCACAAAAUACCUCCAAAGCACGGCUUUAUUACACGGAGACAUCGGGAUCAGUAGAGGAUCUACCUUUUGUGAGAUUAAUCCGGUUCCUCUCCUAUUUCCAGCAGCAACGCCCUUGUCAAAAUGGGGUGAUUGUGUUCUUUCAUUAUCCAAUUAACUAACCUGGAACAAGCCCAGGACAGCACAUUUUCCCGAUGUCAGAAGAUUCAGACUCCAAGCCCUAUCUCUUCCCGGUGCUGGAGGACCAGGAUGGAGCCUCAGGGUGCAGAGCAUCCACCUCAUGCAGCUCCAUGCCAAGAGGGGCCUCAGGGUGCAGCUCCAUGGCACAGCUGCACCGGAUGGGUGGCUACAGCCAAGGUGGGCCUGACUUAGGCCUCCCCUCAGACGGCAGCGACAGCAGCGGCCAGGACCCUCCCAGCUCGCCGCACAACCUUCGCAAGAACAGCCGCUCCCGCUCGCUUCCUGAGGAGGAUGUGGAGAUGAAGAGCAGUGGGUCUAGUGGGAGCGGGACCGAGUCGCACGGCAAUGAAAGCCAUGGCAACGAGAGUCAUGGCAACGAAAGCCACGGCCAUGAGUCAAUGGGCAGCUCCAAUGGCAACAGCAAAGACUCUGCACUGCUGGAGUCUUCUGAAAGCAAUAAGAGCUCGAACUCCCACAGUCCAUCUCCUCCGAGCAGCUCAAACGCCUUCAGUCUGCUGAGCUCAGAGCAGGACAACCCCUCAACCAGUGGCUGCAGUAGUCAGGAGUCUGCCAAAGCUAAGACCCAGAAGGAGGUGAUUAAAACCCUGAAAGAGCUGAAGCUUCACCUUCCUGCUGAGAAGAGACACAAUAACAAGUCCUCCACAUUGAACACCCUCAAGUACGCGCUGCGCUGUGUCAAACAAGUGGAAGCCAAUGAGGAAUAUUACCAGCUUCUGAUGACCAAUGACAGUCAACCUUCAGGCCUGGAUGUAUCGUCUUAUACAAUAGAGGAAAUAGACAGUAUCACUUCUGAAUACACCCUCAAAAAUAAUGACAUUUUUGCAGUAGCAGUGUCUCUCAUCACAGGAAGGAUCGUCUACAUUUCUGAUCAGGCUGCCUCCAUCCUCAACUGUAAAAGAGAUGUGUUCAAGAACACCAAGUUUGUGGAGUUCCUGACACCGCAGGAUGUUAGUGUGUUUUACAGCUUCACAACGCCUUACCGCCUGCCCUCCUGGAGCAUGUGCACUGGAGCAGACUCAUCCCAGCCUGACUGCAUGCAGGAGAAAUCCUUCUUCUGUCGUAUCAGUGGUGGUAAAGAGUGUGAGGGCAAUCUGCAGUACUAUCCAUUCCGCAUGACGCCCUACUUGAUGAAGGUUCAAGACACAGAACAUGCUGAAGACCAGUUUUGCUGCCUCCUCCUGGCUGAGAGGGUUCACUCUGGUUAUGAUGCACCCAGAAUUCCAACAGACAAGCGUAUCUUCACAACCACACACACUCCGAGUUGUGUGUUCCAGGAUGUGGAUGAGCGGGCGGUUCCUCUGCUUGGGUACCUCCCCCAGGACCUGAUUGGCACACCAAUCCUCCUCCACCUGCAUCCCAAUGACCGACCGAUCAUGCUGGCCAUUCACAGAAAGAUCCUUCAGUUCGCAGGGCAGCCAUUUGACCAUUCCUCCAUCCGGUUCUGUGCACGAAACGGAGAAUACAUCAUCCUAGACACCAGCUGGUCCAGUUUUGUCAAUCCCUGGAGCCGCAAAGUUUCAUUUGUCAUCGGGAGACACAAAGUCCGAAUGGGGCCUGUGAAUGAAGAUGUUUUCGUGGCGCCGGGCUCCUCUGUCAGCGAGAUGAAGACCAUGGACUCUGACAUCCAAGAGAUUACUGAGCAAAUCCACCGCCUCCUACUACAGCCGGUCCAUAACUGUGGGUCCAGUGGCUACGCAAGUCUAAACAGCAAUGAUCAGCUUCUGGGCCUGUCCUCCUCUAGUGACAACCUGACCAAGAGCAAGAUGCGACAGGAGGAGCAGGAGGAGGAAGUGAGCAGCAAAGCCAGACCCCGAACCUUUCAGGAAAUCUGUAAAGGUAUUCACCUCCAGAAGAGCCAGGAGCAGCAAACAACCAAACCUGACCACAAGAAAAGAAAUGGCAUAGAGUCUGUACAGAAGAGCCCAGCAGUGGUGCGGCCCAAAGACUCAGCCACUUCUCUCAACUGGAGGGAGACCGGGUUGACUAUGGAGGAGAGUAGGGCAUCUUUGCAGGAGGAGCUGUCCCUCAAUGAUCAGAGUUCCUACUCCUACCAGCAGAUGAGCUGUUUGGACAGUGUCAUCAGGUACUUGGAGAGCUGUAAUAUUCCGAUCACCAUGAAGAGAAAGUGUCAGUCUUCCUCUAACAGUACGUCCUCGAACUCAGAUGAGGACAAACAGAAAGGAUCCAACAACAUGCAGGUGUCUGAAGAACCAGCCUUGUUGAAGGAUCAGUCUGGUCUCUCCGCUUUGGACAAUCAAGACAAAAAGUCCAGUGACGCAGCCACAGCGGUAGUGGGCACUUCGCUGCCCCUACCUGUGCCUAACAAACCAGAAAGUGUGGUGUCCAUAACCAGCCAGUGUAGCUACAGUAGCACCAUAGUGCAUGUUGGGGACAAGAAACCUCAACCAGAGUCAGAGAUCAUAGAGGAUGUACCAGGAACAGGGGAGACGGUAGAAUCCAGCCAAAACAUCGGUGUUCCUCCUUGUGCUGUUUCGCCUCCCAGCCAGGAGAGGGAAUCGUACAAGAAGCUGGGGUUGACUAAGCAGGUUUUGGCGGCUCAUACGCAGAAGGAAGAGCAGGCCUUUCUGUAUCGCUUCAGAGAGCUUCGUGGAAUCACACAACUCAAAGCAAACUGCCCUCGGUACCUGGAACGCCAGAGAGAACAGAUCGCCAGCGAUGCUGCACCCGCUGCUCGAUUCUGCAAGCAGGGCGCACAGCCCACCACGCGGCGAAGCACGCGGAAUAAGAAGACCAAGUCGAAGCGAGCGAGGCAGAUCGAGUCCUCGGACAGCACAGUGUCUCAUCACAGACAACAACAACCGAGGCCUCCUCUCUUACACCAUGGCCUCAACCCGACCUCUUGGUCUCCUUCAGACACCUCACAGUCCACCUUUCCCAUGGCCUACCCCGCCGUGAUGCCAGGCUACCCCCUCCCGGUUUACCCCAGAGCCAGUUCCAUACCUACCCGCACAGACGCCACUCUAACAGGCUUUGGGGACAACCAGGGCGCCCAAGCCCCUCCCUGCCCCCCAACCAUCCAUCCUGCUCAAUACGCUGCCCCCAUGGUCACCCCCAUUGUGGCUCUAGUCCUGCCCAAUUACAUGUACUCUCCAAUGGCCCCCGGGCCUCCACCAACACAGCCAGUGUACCACGCACAGACUGGGGGCUUCCCCACCCAGACACAGCCUUUUGGUCAGGCUGCCUUUCCAGGCCAGGGCACCUUCACAGCUCAACUUUCCUUCGAUGUUCAGAAUCAGUUCAACUCCCAAAACCACUUUGCUCCUCCAGCAGGUUACAUGACCCCAUCAAACUACUUCCCUCCAUCCUCGGAAACCCCAAAGGCCCCCGUGGAGGGCCAGUCUCGCUCCUCAACGCCACAGUCUGCAGGAGGUGGAGGUCAGGCAUCCCCACCUUUGUUCCAGUCUCGCUGCAGCUCACCCCUCAACCUGCUGGAGCUGGAGUUGUCUGUGGACAGGCAGGACAGCAUACUGCUGCCCUCUGGUGGACAAGGGACCAGUACGGCUGAAAGGGAGAAAGGAGCCACUGGCAACCAGGCCAAGGAGAGGGAGCUGAAGCAGCCAUCUCUCAGUCUCCUUGGUCCACCUGGACCCUUGUAUUGCGAGGGCACGCCCUGUGUCUGUGAGCGUUUGUCUUGGGAUAAAGUGUGCUCUAGGCUGAGGGCUUACAGCAAAGAGGCAAGCUCACGUGUCGAUGGGAACAACAGCGACGCCAACUCUUUGUCCAGUGACAUGUUGGACAUUAUUCUCCACGAGGACUCCUGCUCAGGUACAGGCUCGGCGACCUCGGGGUCCAUGGGCUCAGGGUCCAACGGCUGUGGAACCUCAGCCAGCGGGACGUCCAACAGCAGGACAUCUAAGAGCAGGACGUCAGCCAGUGGUACAUCAGCUAGCGGGACCUCCGGUAGUGGAACAGGAAGCAACAACAGUAGUAAAUAUUUUGGCAGCGUGGACUCGUCUCAGAACAGCCAGAAGGCCAAAGAUCACUUGAGCAGCAGCGACGGAGGGCCCAUGGAGAUGGAUCAGAGCGACCAAUUCAUCAAGUAUGUACUGAGGGACCCGCUGUGGCUGCUCACGGCCAACACUGAUGACAAGGUCAUGAUGACCUAUCAGCUGCCCUCGCGUGACAUCCAGAGAGUGCUCAGAGAGGACAGAGAGAAGCUGAGGCUGCUGCAGAAGAGUCAGCCGCACUUUUCAGAGGAGCAGACGAAGGAGCUGAUCGAGGUCCACCCCUGGAUCAAGAAGGGAGGUCUACCCAAGGCCAUAGACAUCAAGGCAUGCUCCUGCUGUGAGAGCGCCUCAGGGGCAGUAGCGGCGGUGGAGGCGGCUGUGGCAGAGUAUCAGCCAGAUCUGGACAUCGGUGAUACAGAGACGCGGGAGGUCAGCUGCCAGCGGAGGCCCAGAGAAGAACCUUCGAACACAGUCAUCAUUUCCUGCCACAACCCUUCUCCUGGCUCCAGCUCUCAGACACAACCAGCCAGACAAUAAACGGCUCAAGAUUUUCAGAGUGACUUUCAUUACCUGUCAGCCUCUUGUUCUGCAUGACUGUGAAGAGCAACUUUUGUAGAGGGACCUACUUUGCAAAAAGCAACCAGCAAGGCCUUUGCUCUUCACAAAAAAAUCUUCAUUACUGUUUUUGUCUUGCGGUUUGAUGAGUUGUACCUGGUAAGAUGCCGGGGAAACUGGCUCAAACAGUCAAGACCUUUGUAUAAUGUGAAUAUAUUUUAUUUUAUUUUAAAGUACUUAUAAGCUGCACCAGGCAGGAUUUUUGGUGCUAGCAGGGCUUGUUGGGCUCUAUGUUCUUUCAUUCGUCAUUUGUUGAGUUUUAUGCACUGAUUAGGACACGUAGAGCCGAAUACGGGAAAUACAAUAUGUCCUACAGUACACAGCACAGUAGAGGUCAAAGAAACACCGGCCAUCGGGAUGUGGCUCAGUGGUGUACCAACUGUUCUUCACUUGAUUGAUUUCAGCAUUUUGUGAUGUCAUUUCCUCAGUUACAAAAACACUGUGCUACGUCAGCUUGCGGCGAAAACAGUUGGAGAGUUUUUAAGUUAGUUUCAGUCACACCUGUCAUACAUACCCAUUGAGCAACAAAUGAACGCACAAGUGCACUUUAUGGGCUGCACUGGAAGAAGACGAAAACAGGAAUGAGACAUCUCUGUGUCUGCUUCAUUUGGUCCAAUUCGUUUCUGGCGUUGCGUACAGUAUCGUCAGUGAGCAGGCACGAACUCACCGACAGUGUCUGAAGCUUUUCACCUCCUCCAUCCUCACCAGGGUUGGAAGGCGUACUCUGAUCCUAACUUGAGCAAAAGUGCUAAAAUUACAAUUCAAAGAAACUCUAUUUGCUUAGGCAAAUGUAUUAUUAGCACAUACUUGAAGUAUCACAAGUAUUAUUUAUGCAAUGUAUUAUAUUUGUUAUCACAUUUGACUUAUGUAAAGUUACUGAUCCGUGAUCACGAUGGAGGUGGUGAAAACAUUUUAGACUGGUGAAAACACAGAAAAAGACAAUCAGGUGCAACACAUACUAUAAGCUCCAUGCAUUCACCAUCCCAUCAUGUUAUAAUUUCUGAUAGAAAAUUUAAACAUUAAGUGACAUAACAUUUAAUAUUUAAAUAUGCCCUCUCUCUGACAUUUGGAGCAUCCUGUAAUGCAGCUUUAAGUGUUCACUCUUUUUGCAUAAUUUCAUUCAUCGGUUUCUCACUAGACGUGGCAUUUGUUUCUGUAUCAGCUAUGAAACGGUGACUUAUUUUGCAGAUGCCUCUCAUUUAAAGAAGCAGCUGAUUUCAGUGCUUGUGUGAAUGUUUGUAGCAGUCUUUGACUCUGAGCAGAUGUAUUUUUACAUACAAUACUUGUCUCUGUACAAACAGAUUUAUGUGUUUUUAAGUUGUAAUGGAAAAUCCAUCUUAAAAAGCAAGUAGGACCAAGAUUCUGAAUAUUUACUGUAAAUACUAUUUUAAAAAUGUGAGUUGUGUCAAUAGUAGGACAAUUCCCACCAUGGACUAGAAAAUACGAGCGUAGUAUGCUGUUAAUGGUGGGUGUUGAAUAUAAAAUGGAGAAAAUAUGGAUGUUUUCCCCAGUUUUAAAAGUGUGCCACAUGACACUUGAACUGGUCUGAUGUUGCCCCUCAUAAAUAUGGAGAAGAGCAUCCUGUGGAAGCGACUGGAGCUCAUUACCGUUCAGAACAAACGUGUGGUAGCUUCAGAAGUCAGUUUAGGGUUAUUGCACGGGUAUAAAGCAGCUCAGACAGAUGUCAGGUUACUGUGUGGAGAGCUCUCUUUCACUUUGAAGCGUAUGUUCUCAUUUGAGAGGAAACUGCUCUUUCUCAGCGACUUGAAUAUUUCUUGAUUUUGUCAUUUGUCUUUCUGUUAUUUGAACAGACACUGACAAGAAUGCACCUUUUACUUUUUUUUUUCAUUUGUAUUUUAUUCCCGUUUAUUUUCAAUGGAGAUUUUUCUGUUAAAUUUUCUCAAAAUAAAAUAUUGUCUAAUUUA